CGCCUGCCAGUGGGUCAUCAUUACGCCGCCUGACGCGGCGCAACCUGGAGAGGCCACGUCACUUCUUUCAGCCCUCCUCUUCCUAUAUAAAGGCCUCCAACCCCCUUCUCUUCUCACUUUUCGCACUUCGCCUUCCAGAGCUUUCACCGGUCGAGUUUCUUCUCUUUCUCUAUCCAGCCCUCCGAGUCAAGUAAGUUUCCCCUUCCUCCUCUGCUUUCUUUCCCGGUCAUGUCUUCUUUUAGCGAUAGGAUUUCGUCCUCAGAGGACUUCUCCUCUGAGGACUCCAACUCAUCUUCCUCGACCGGGUCUUCUUCUCCUGAAUCCACGCCCGGUCAGGUCCCCCACUCCUCUAUUCCCGACCCGCAUCCUGUUAAUCAGAUGCCCGGUGAAACUUUCGUGGGGAGGGAUGACCCGGUCGAUGACGAACCGGGCCCCUAUGACCCUGAAAACGAAACCCGGGAUGCGUGGGAGGUACGGCUUCAUGCUGCCGGUUACUUUCCGCUCCCCACCUUCUACGUCCUUGACAUCCCUUCCCGUGUAUCCAAAAUCGCCUUGAACAAAAUUCGUAGGAGGCUCCCAGAUGGGUAUACCCUCCUGUAUGAGCCCAACUGGCCCAACAUUGUCGAACCCCACCGGGAGGACAGGAUAGGGUUCCACACCAUAUCACUGGAUGCGGGCAUAGUUUUUCCCCUUCGCCCCCUCCUAACCGAAGUAUGCCACGCGUUUAGGAUUUUUCCCAGUCAAAUAACACCUAACGCCCACCGGUAUCUCCAUUCCUUUGUAAAUAUCUGUAUUCAUUUGAAAAUCUUCCCCUCUUUGCGUCUUUUUCUCUUUUGCUUUGAAGUCCUACCGGGCGGAUCUGGCUGCGAAGGUUUCGUAUUCUUCAAAGCCCGUACCGGUAGGAAGUUCAUUUCCGAAGUCCCUCAGAGUAACCGGGGAUGGAAGGAAAAGUUUGUUUUUAUCGAGUUUCACCCUUUCGUCACUCCUCUGGCCGGUCUGAAAUGGAAUGACCAUCUCCUCGACCAAGAGUAUGCUGCACCGGCUUCCUCCCUAGACUUGGAAGCGAAUCUUGAGGUCCUUAUGCGCGGGGAUCCUUUCACUGGGAGGAUCUUCCAUUAUGGCAGCUGGGUUUGGAGGGUGGAGUCGGGUGGUGAGGGUACCUCCCCGGCCCAUGAAGCAGCGGGGCGCGGGGUACCCUCCCCGGGCAACACUGCAGAGGCUGAGGGCCAGAACCACCCAGAUAUGGAGUUCAAAGAGUUCGCCAUCCCUGACGACCAACAAGCGGGAGAGACCGGGGGCUCUCAAGCCAAUACUGCCAGAACCUUCCUGGUCAAUCCAGAGACCGUGGAAAUCCUCGACGAGGAUGAGCCCCAAGACAACCGGUCCAAGGGGAAGGAGAAGGAGAAGACCGGUCGACGGAUGAAGAAGGUGGCCACCACGCACCCUUCUUAUGCCAAGAAGAGGGCAAGGUCGGAUCCUGAGCCGGCCGGCCAGACCAUUGAAGAGGCCUUCAUUAAUCUGGGGCUGAGGCUAAAGGAGGCGGGGGAAAUCGGACCCCUCUCAGCUGACCGGCUUGGUUUGGGCUCUUCUCCAGAGUUUGCCCGGCUGAAGAAGGAGAAGGAGGAGAUGGCUCUCAUCCUGAAGAGCCAAGCUGAUGAGCUGGCCAGGCUAUCCGGGCUGACCGGGUCGAUGAGGGCGGAGAUCUCUCACCCCAAGGAAGAGAAUGGCCGGCUGAUUGGAUCCUUCAGGAAGGAUCCUUCACGAAGAGAAUGGCCGGCUGAUUCUAUACCAGGAGCCUGAAGGAAGGAAGAUGAUUACCGCGAUUGGAUCCUUCGGAUUCAAGAGCGGUCAAAAGAAGGACCGGAUCGCCUCUCACCGGGUACUGCUCAGAAGAGAUCCGGACUUCACCGCUGCAUCCUACGGCCUGGCCUCUAUCCGGACUUCACCGCUGCAUCUCGCUGCGCCCGGUUAUUUUUGUAAAACUUUUAGCAAAAAUUUCCCCGGGUAUGCCCGGCGUACUUGUAAACAUUUGA